AUGGCUUCGUCUGAGACAUCGCCUUUGAUAUCACAUCCAGUUCCGGCUGGUGAGCCUGAUCCUCCUCCUUUCAAGAGCGAGCUAAAUCAUUGGAAGCGCUGGAAGGUGGCCUACCUUUACGCCUUCUUCAUCUUGGUUAUCAACUUUGGAAGUGGACUCCGCUUCGCGCCUCAAGUACGGCUUAUGGAGUUAGCAGUGUGCCGCAGAUACUAUUUCAGGUACGACCCUGGUAGGGUGGACAACCAUGGAAAUGUCUCGGAGGCCCUGUGCAAACUCAAUGUCGUGCAAGCACAGCUAGCGAUGCUAAGGGCCUGGCUGAGCGUUUUCAAUGCCGUCGCUGGCAUUCUCGUCGCCCUACCAUUCGGGAUUUUAGCCGACACUAUGGGUCGUAGACUGGUGACAGCGUUGAGCUUGUUCAGUGUGACACUCUCUAAAGCGUGGAUCAUUUUGGUUUCCAGAAGCGAUCUGGGGGUCCUCCUUGUUCCAACUGCUGGGCGGCGGAGACAGAUCAUGGCGGCUCUAUCCGACUCUUCACCUGCUGAUAAACGAACGGCCGUAUUCUUUUACACGAGCACAAUGUGCUUAGUCUCGGAGCUUAUUGCCACCCCCAUCGGAUCACUUAUCAUGACCAGAACAACUUUGAAUGCUGCAAUGAUCUCCUCAAGUGCUCUCGAAUUCUCUGGCCUAUUUGUCCUUCUAGUAACUCCCGAAACUCUUCGUCGCAACCGUGAGAGUAGAGGGCAGUCUACCGAGGAUGUCAUUCCUCCAUCCAUCCAAGCUCAAGCAGCCCUCAGAAGAGCUGGAAAUAAUGUCGGAAUCCUUAUUUCCCUCCGUCCCGCAGUCAAUGUUUUCCUCUUUGCACUCAUCCUUCCAAAUCUCAGCCCUGUUCUAGCCUCACGCCUGAAGAUCCCUACUCCGCAAGCAGACCUUCUCGUCGCCAAAGGAAGCAGCGUCCUACUUGUCAUCGGCCUUGUCAUCAUAGGACUUGGUCAAUCAUUGGCCUGGAUUGUCAUAGGCCACGUCGUCUAUACACUAGGUUGGGGCUUUGACCAGUCCGUGAGGUUAUGGUUGACAUCUCGCGUCGAGCAGACUCAGAUUGGCAUUUUUGUAUAG